AUGUCGCGAUGGAUGAAGAUUGCGCAGGGCUUCAGGCCGUUCUAUAUGACGACGCCUGCCGACAUGCUUCCCGCUGGCCUCGCGGAGCUCAAGACGCCGCCGCUGUAUUACCGGAAGCCUCCCACGUGGAUGAAGUUCUCGUGGUUUAUUGCUGGUGGCGCGGUGGUCUCAGCAAUCAACAUGUCUGACUUGACAUGGGAGCACUGGACCGAGUUCGUCGAAGACGAAUCCAGUUUCGAGGCCCGCGCGAAGGACCCGUCCCUCGAGAAGAAGGGCAAAUGGGAACUUCGCCCAUGGUAUCAGCGUCUCGGCAUGUGCGGUCUCCAGCUCAGUGCAGCCACUAUGCUUUCCGUCAUCGUCGUCCUGAUGCGAUAUCGCACCGUCAAACGCCUCGACAUCUUCCGCCACAGCGCCCAAUUCGACACGGGCGGGCCGACGCUGCUCCUCGCGCAGUGUGCGCACCACACGUCGCCGAGCUGGGGGUACAUUCGCCCUAUCAAGCAGUGUACUCUGUCUGCUACUGGCGCGACGGACCAUACGCUGUACCUCACGCUCGCUGGCGACAAGGCGGACCGCAAAAUCGACUUGAGGGGCGCACUGAUUCGUGGGAAGGAGCUGCCACCGAAGGAGGCUCGUGCGGCGCUAAUUGAGGAAUUUGGGGCCGAGGGCAAGCUGAAGGGCGUGGCUCAGGCAUUGAAGGAGGAGGCACAGACGGGCGGGAGUGGAUGGAAGUCGGGCCCGGUCAAGGAGCGGCAGGACCAGCGGCGGAAGGCGCUUGAGAAGGAUCUAUGA